AUAAAAUUAGGCCAGCAAGGCCCUAUACUGCUGACGGGGCUGGUAGGGCCAAAAAAAGAUCCUAGCGAGGACCAUAGGAGUGCAGGGGGUUCUAGGAGAGCAGCAAGAGGAAGCGAGUGGGGUGGGUUGUUUGCACAGCAAUCAGCUGCUAAAAUGGCCAUCAAAGUAAUGGACCUGAUCUACUGGCGGGAUGUGGGGAAGACAGGGCUGGUGGUCACAGGGCUGGUGAUAGGCCUGGCUAGCCUGUUCCAGCUCAGUUCCGUCACCAUGCUGUCCUACCUGUGUAUCUCCAUCAUGUGUCUCACCUUCCCCCUACGCCUCUACUACAAACUCCUAGAGCUGAUACGGAAGAUCCCUGAAGGAGUGCACCCCUUUCAGUCUUAUAUAGGAGACGACAGCUCUCUGACAGAUGAGGAGACCGUGUUGGUGGUGGAGGAGGUCGUGCUAAUGAUGGCCUUCGCCAUCACAGAGAUCAAACGCCUGCUCUUCAUCGACAGCAUCAUGGACUCCAUCAAGUUUGUGGUGCUGCUGUACGUGUUGACCUAUAUGGGCAUCACUACCAAUGGUCUGACCCUGGUGAUAGUUGGUGUCAUCUGUGUUUUCUCUCUUCCUCUGUUCUACAAACAAAUGCAGGGGCGAAUGAAAAGGAUUAGCAAAGCGGUCAGAGGCCUCCUGACGAAAAUCAAAAACUUGUUUAAGAUGUUGUACAGUAAACUGAGACCCUCUCCUGCGACUACAUCUGCCACAACCCCCACUCCCACCCCGGCCCCAAAACACAAACUCAAGUCAAAGUGAUGAGACAGAGGGAGGGGGAUCUAUGGGAAAAGA